GCUGCACGCCAUCUGCAGCAGCAGCAGCAGCAGCAGCAGCAGCAGCAGCAGCAGCAGCAGUGAGUGCAGGGCCUCGCAGCACCCCAGCCCGCGACAACUGGGACGCCGCGCCGCCGCCGAACAAAGCGGACUCCGGCGGCGCCGCGAGGCGCAGCUGCCCCCGGCAGCAGCAGCAGCAGCAGCAGCAGCAGCAGCAGCAGCAGCAGCAGCAGCGGCAGCAGCAGCGCGAGCGGCCACGCACAGCAGCAGGGCACCUGCUAACGCGCAAGAAAGAAGCAGAAGGAAGCUGGAAGUGCCACGAAAGGAUUUCGAAGGCGAAGACAGCAGCAGCAAAGAAAGAAAGGCAGAAGAGGCGGCAGCCUCACCUCCGACAGCGCGAGGAAAACCGAGCAGCAGCAACAGAGGCAGCAGCAGGUGCAGCAGCAGCAGCAAAAGAAGUUCUUUGGUGA